AUGUCCACCGCAAGUCCGCAAUCACCCGACCCGCGUCAACUGGACGUUGUUCUCAAGUGUCGGCGUGCGAGUGACGUGUCGUCCACGAGCGCGUACGACUUGGCGCUUGAUCGGAACGACUCGAACGGAGAAGAAGAGUGCGUGUCGCUUGCGUGGGACUCGGGGGAGAGCGAAGAGCGGACGGAAGCAGUGGCGCGGGCGACAGGAGCGACAGAGGACACGGAACGUCUCAAAGAGCAGGUGACGGCCGAGGAAAUUGUCGAGACGGAAAGCGAAGCGCUGAACGAGGAAACGUGUUCGAGCGAGACGCAGGACAGGUCCGGGUCGGCUGAAGUGUCUCGUGACAACGUGGAGAAAGACAGAGAGAACGAGGGGCAGAGCGAGGACAAGCAGCAAGUACCUCCAGCCCGGCCUGCCACGGCGAGAAGUGCCGAGUCGAGUUGUGUUUCGCGACGCCCGUUUGUUCCAUUGAUAUCCAGGAGCUGGCGCGUGCGAGCGAUGGAGUCCAAUUCGCAGAUCACACGCCUGAUGAAGGCUGCGCUGCUGCAGACCCUGCUGCACGCUAUUCGUACGGGGUCGGUGGAGGGAGUGAAGGUUGCGAUUGAGCGUGGGGUACAGGUGCAGUAUCUCGACAGUCGCCAGCGCAACCUGGUCAUGCUGGCGUCCAAGUGCGACACAGACGCUCGUUUGCACAUAACGAUUAUUCUGCUGGAUGCUGGCUGUGAUAUGAAUCACAAGGACCUGCUAGGCUGGAGCUGCCUGCACUAUGCCUGUGCAAGCGGGGCUAGCGAUGUGGCCGCAGAGCUCGUUCGUCGUGGAGCUCGCGUUGAGUUCAACCCGUACGGCUAUGGCCCCGAAGACUUUAAUAUCCCCAAGGUAGCGCGCGCGAAGAGCCUGUUACAACACACGGAGCAACUUCAGCACGAGCAGAACGUGUGCUCUGCUUGGGCGUACUUUCGUCGUCAGGCAGAGAAGUCUAAUUUUAGCGUCAAGUGCAAAUCGAACUGCGAUCUCGGCAAACCUCUGAGAGUCACGUUUCAAGCUCCUGCUGGGCAUAGUCCUCUGGACCGAAUCCGUGUGGUUGACAUGAACUCGGACGUAGCUCUCUGGCUACAGGUUUCCAAGACCUUUAGUAUUCCCGCGGGUGAUGUGGGUUCGAUCACAUUAGAUGUCGAGACACUAGACCGCCCAUCACUUUAUCGUAUCGUGUACGAGAAGUACGAGCCGAUGCCUAUCCAUCAAGCAACAGCUUCAGCCGCUGGCAGUAAUUUGUGCGUCAAGAACCUCGAUACAGGAUCGACCGUGUCGAUGGGCAGCGUCAAUACGCUGGUCUUGAAGGAGCUCAGGAGCUCUCGAUCAUCGAAGGCUUCAACAAAGCUGUCAAGUUCAUCUAGGCCAGCACCCAAAUCAGACAAAGCUGCGAGCGUGGUUCGAAGGGGAUCAACGACUCGGGCACGGGAGGUCGCUCAAAAGGUGUGCGAAGCGACAGUCGAGGAAGAUGAUGAAGAUGAAGAGGACAAAGAAGCUGCUUUUGCAGCUGAUGAGACGAUUACGGCUCAGGAGGUUGCGGAGCACCCAGCGGUAACGAGUAUUACGGGUGUAUACAAAAUCGUGGCUAUGGGGGUGGUCAGCGUUUCGACGAUGAGAACGGCCAAGGCGAAUGAAUAUGAAAUCUCGAUUCGUGACAAGGGCGUGCUUGGUCUCCAGUUGGUGCCUAAAAUCGAUGGCUCGAAGAGAUCUCCGCGUCUUAUUGUACGACGCAGCCAAGGCCAAGCAGCGGCCGUGAAUCCAGGUGAUUGUCUUGUUGCGAUCGGUAACGCCAACAUUGAGCACGCUGGUCUCAAGCACACGCUGUGGGCACUGAACGAUGCAAAACGGCCGCUCGUGCUUCGCUUUCGACGUGGAAAUGCAAACGAGAAAAGGAGUUUGUUCAUGACUGGUUUGUCCAAGCUGACGGGACCGCAUAGGCAUCCCGUGAUUUCGGUGUAG